UGCUGAACGCAAAUUUGCAAUGAUCUACAAUAUUCUACAUUAAUGAGACAGAGACAACACAUGCAAAGAUGAUAGGUAAUUUGAUUUCAACUGAUGGAUGGUAAUAUUGAUUAUUUAUUUACUAUAAUACUGUAUACCUAUUCGUAUCAUAAACUAUAAGAACUUAAACUUGGUCAAAGCCAUUAGAUAUGUCAAGGAAACUUGAGGUAGCAAUAAACAGGCUUCGCAUUGGCCAUUUACAAAUAUUGCACAGAUUCCAAACGAACAAAGAAGACCCACCCUUCAUGCGGAGUCCAACUGACUAUUAAAAAUAUCCUAAUGGAAUGCAUCACAUACAAGUAGUUAAGGGAAAAGGCUAUCCUACAGAGUAAAUGUCCACAUCAUUUAGAAAUUCUCCGGACUAAUUCACAUCAAUAGUCGACUUCAUAUUCUCAAACCUAUAAUAAAUACAUUUUAAAAUUAAUUAAUUAUUUAUGUAACAAAAUUUUUAAAUUUAUAUUCUUCUAUGUACGAGUAUUUUAUAUUAUGUAUAUUUCUUUUGUAAAUCCCAAUGGCCUUUGAUCACGAUAAACGUAUGCUUUUAAGUAAACGUUGUUUAUAAUUAAUAUUAUUCUGAAUGGUUUCAUCAACACGACAACACGUAUCCUUUGUUAUUGUUCAUUGAACACUCAUGCUUAUUGCGGCAUCGUGUACCUAUGUAUUAAAUUAUGAUUGAAAAAAAAUUUUUAAAAAGAUAUUUUAUUAUUUUAUGCAUAGACGCGUGGUUUCUGAAUACUAUUAUACGUUUUUUCGUACCUAAACAAUUUUUCCAUUUUUAAAAUUAAAAAUAAAUAAUCAAUAACACAGUAUGUACCUAUUUAAUAAAACUUGUAUAGUUGUAUACGUACAAUUUUGGCAAUGGUCAGUUUCAAGGUUUGUUCAAGAUCGCCCAAUUUUGUAAUUGGCAACCGCAAUCAUAUCUAUAAAUAAUAACACGCAUAAAAAUAAUGAGAAUCUCCUAACCGUCAUGCAGUCACAGCUCACAUUGUUGUAGGUCCCGCGUGAAAAAUAACUAUCUUCAAAAAUGACGACCGUCUUCGCCCGAAUAGUAAAGUUUUCAAUCACCUACCCAGUUACUAGGGGAAUGGUUUCGUAUGCAGUGAUAUGGCCAACCGGAUGUAUAAUACAGCAAUUGGCUUUUGGAGAUGACAAAUUUGACUUUGCUAGAGCAGCUCGGUUUGGACUGUUUGGAGCAUUUUAUGUGGCCCCAACUUUGAAUGCAUGGCUAACUGUUGCACGUUACUUAUAUCCAAAGAAUGAUCUCCGUAGCGCAAUCAUUAAAGCACUUUUGGAGCAAGUAACAUACUCACCGUGUGCAAUGGUGAGCUUUUAUUUUGGUAUGUCUUUACUGGAAGGGAAGACGGUCGAGGAAGCAAAAAAAGAAGUAGAAAAAAAAUUUUUACCAACAUAUCAGGUGGGCGUAGCAGUUUGGCCUUUACUACAAGUAUUCAAUUAUACAAUGAUUCCAGAAAAAAAUAGGAUUCCAUUUGUUAGUCUAUGCAGUCUAGCUUGGAGUUCAUUUUUAGCAUACAUGAAUCACUGUAGUGUGAAAAAGGAAAACACGUUAACCAUCAAAUAAAGAAACAGAAUCAUUCCAAAUACAUAUAUAUUAUCAUAAAUAUAAAUUGUGUGUAUUAUGUUUAUUAUAUGUUAAAAAAAUUAUUGUAAAAUAGAAGCAAAUACUAAAUAUAUUUUUAUCUGUUAUA